CAGUGUGAUGACGUCACUGACAGAGGCGGCGGGCCCACCUAUGCGCGUAUAUCUGUCUGAGUCUUCAGCAGCAAUGAACCGGGUCGAAGAUGAAGAUAUGCCAUAUGUAUCGCCUUACCAAAGAAUUUCAUUCGCUGAGACUCCAGCGCACAUCAUAGUGGAUUACGAUGACGAGCCAGAAAUCCCAGAGGCCCCGGGGCUAAGUAAAGAUGACGAGGUAUCAGUCACGCCGCCUCGUCCCUUCGAAAUCCCGGAAGAGUUGCCAGCUAGCCCAAAACCGCCGUCAGCUCCACAAUCAGCUCGUACCGAUGUCGAGGACGCUACUGACGGCAAUGCUGAGUACAAGGAGUAAGAGGAGACCAGGAUAAUGGACAACGGACGAUGUUCCAUUUUAGAAUCUUUUGUAAUAAUUUUCUAGAGAAGUUCGGUGAAAUUCCUUGUAAUGUUAAAGCAAUCUAAGAGAUUUAAAAAAAAAGCGAAUUAUCGUUCGCGUUAUGACCUUUUUUGUUUCAAAGGGAUUUUGUAUUGUAAUUUUUCUUAAUUCAUAAUACGAUUUAAAUAAUAGCAUGGUCUAGAUGGUUAAAACAGUAGUUACUAGAAUUUGUGUAAUUGUUGGUUGUCAAAUUAUUGUCGACAAUAAAUUAUAUAAAACUACAAAAAUGGAUGAUAUGAUUGCGCCGCAAAUACGAGAUAAUUGUAAGCUCGCGUUACCUGACGGGCUUAAAGAGCUUAUGAAUGAUAUAACCAGAGAAGUAAGUUGUUCAGAAAUGUAUAUAAUCUAUUUUGUCUAGGAUAAAAUGCCAAGGCUACAUAACAAUGUCUCAUGCCACCUGUCAAUCAGUGCCUUUUUUUCAAAUAAGAAAGUGCAGUGAUCACUACGAUAACUUUAUUUCC